UUCCCUGCAUCGCCCAUGUCAACCGGACCUGUCUCUCAAAGAGGAGCAACACACACUGGAAUGGAGGGACAAUCAAAGUACCUGCUGCUGCAGGUGUGGUGUGGCAUGCUCACUGUGGCCAUGCUGGUUAUGGCUGCCCUUCUCAUUUCAAUCAAACCAAGGUCAACUGAGGAAGAAGUCUCAACACCGAAGCCAGUCAAUGUCAUCCCAACAGUCAACAGUAUUGUGGCUCCCUUACAGUCAAUAGGAUCCUCUCUCUCAUACAUCCAGCUAACCAAGACUCUGGGGAAACCCUCUUGGCAAAGCCCAACCCCCGGAUGUCCCUCCUGCUCCCUGGACCUGCGCAACAACUCCAUCCACUGCAGCAAGAGCAGCCUCUACUUCAUCUACGCCCAGGUCGCCUUCAGCAACCUUGAGAAAAGUCACACCAAGUCGGUGAUUUUGAAAAAGAAUCAAACAUUUGGGAGAGCCCUUAAGAUCCUGGUGGAGGGGACCUUCCCACCCACAACAAAGGGCUCUGUGUGGGUGGCCAGUGUUGUCAGCCUCUCAGACGGAGACACUGUCAGCUUAGACAUCAAGGGUGAUUUUCUAACACACAGUUGGUCCACAUUCUGGGGCGCCUAUGAGCUUCAUUAGCACGCCAGCGCUCCAGGAAGUGUUACUGUACAUAUGGGUUGGCAUUAGCAGGCCAGUGAGUAACAUUUUGGCAGGGUAGUAAAUCAUGGAACACUAAAAUGCUCCGGGGAAGAAAGGUUAUCACCACAGAUUGUGCUGACCUUUUCAUAAAAAGCUCACAUCCUCACAUCUCAAAGGUCAAAAUAUCUUGGCACAACGAAAUACUGUAUCAUUCCAACCUUAGCGAAACCUCCUCAUUUAAUUAAUUCACGGGUGUUUGGUGGUCUUGUAAAAUCUUAAGCUAACUGCAUUGUACUUUAACGUAAGCUGUGACUGACUGGGGCAUGGCAAAUGAAAAAGUAAUACAAAAUAUAUAUAUUUUGGAACCAUUGAGUUAAUUUACUGACUUUUUAUUUGUACUGAGAGCCACCAGCUGACCACAUGGUGGUGCCACCUUCCCCUAAAUAAGAGGGAGUCUCUCUAUUGCCACAGAUAACCAGCCACAGCCUGAGAACAUUGUAGUCAUCGAUCACUUAAAAAUAUAACUACGCAAACCAAAGAAUGCCUGAGGAAUCGUAUUGUUAAAAAGCCUGCCAGCACAAAGUGUGUCCUCCUCAUUGUUCUCGUGCUAACGGUGUACACACCUACUGCACAUUACGUGACGCUGUACAACUUUAAUUAGGAGUUGCGUUGAGCAGACAGGAGCAACAGGUGCAGAACAGGAAGCCACAUAUUUGGUGCAACAUCAGUCACACUUUCCCCUUUGCAGAACAUCUUUGAACUCAAAACACCCUCUGAUCAGACUCCCUCUAAUGCAAUAAGAGCAACAACUUCCCUUGGGCUCAAUGCUGAGUGCACAUAAACCAGUGGAACAUGAUGUUAAUGGUGAGUCUGUCUGACCGUAGCACUCCGGCCCUUCAACUAGAUACUAAUUAAGCCGCUGAUAAGGCUCUGGACAGACAUACACAGCAAUUCACUGUUUAUUAGUAGAUUUUAAGCAGCUUGAUUGUGAUUUAUUUGCUGAACUGAACACGAUUACUUCAUACAGCCAACAUUGAGACCUUCAAAAAAGCCCAUGAGCCUCGAACCCCUUUGACCCCAAUUAAAUAGGUCAAAUGUUUAUACUUCUUUAUGCAGGACAACUCUGCAUUAUUAUAGACAAGGAGACUACAGCCAUGCUAGCUGCUCUUUUCUUAAGCACAGUGGUCCAAUAUAACCUCUUUGUUGCCCAAAAAAUAUCAACAAUGGAACAAAUAAAGUAGUGUACGUCCAUACGAAGUGUCUGUAAUCUCAAUUUAAAGCUAAGUAUUGAGUAAAGUGUUAAGUGUGUGUUUGCUGGUUAGCCCCUAAAUUCAAAGUACAAUCUGGGGAUGAUGGGAAUAUCAGAUAUGUGGAGGUGGAAUAAUAUAAAGAGUUAAAGGGCCACCAAAGUUGUUAUUACAUCCUAAGGGGAACAUGAAUGUCUAUAACACAUUUAAUGACGAUACAUCUAAAACUACAAAGCAACCUCAUAGUGGUGCAACAGGAAGAGUCUGGGGAUCGGUAGGAUUCAUCCUCUGGGAACAAUGAAUGUAUGUGUGUAUGGUUCAAAUUGUAUUGUAAUAAAUCAAGUCUGUGUUGAUAUAUUUCAUAAAGGCCAUUACUAGAGCUCUAAUUCUAGCC